GCAAGUUCUACAACAUGGUUCAACUUCAGUUGCUGUUAGUCUUUCUAACUUCUCUUCUCUUUCAAGGAAGUGAGCAGGAUCAAUAUUCACCUUCCAAUCGGAUAAUAAAUGGAGAAAAUGCAGCUCCCAAACAAUUUCCUUAUCAAGUUCUUACUGAAAAACUUGUAAAUUAUAAUUGGGAACGUAGCUGUGGAGGUGUUAUAAUAUCGAAUAGAACCAUCCUCACAGCAGCUCAUUGUAUAAGGGAUUCAAUAUAUUCCACUCUUUCAUCAAGGUAUGCCCGUAAAAUAUACUUUGGAACUGUCGACAAAACCAAUAUUUAUGAAACGGGACAACAACGUUUGAUAGUCAAGAGGAAGAAUAUUAUCGUUCAUCCAGAGUAUGAUUCAAUCCAAUUUCUCAAUGAUAUAGCUCUGAUCAGAUUACCAACCGAAAUUCUAUUUGAUGAGUAUAUUCAGCCUGCUAAGUUGCCUGAUCCAGACAAAUUAUAUGAUAACCAAAUUGGAGUUGUUUCCGGUUGGGGAAUAUUUGAUAGAGAUUCCCAGAAUACGCCAAAUAAUCUACAGUACCUUAAUGUAACCAUAUUUCCUUAUGAAGAAUGCAAACCACUUGUGCACAAAUACGAGGGAUUCCACGCAAAAUUCUUUCCAGCAUCGUAUAUUUGUUUGAAGCCCAGUCAAGGCAGUCCUUGUCAUGGCGACUCUGGUGGCCCAUUGGCAAUUCGGAAUGAAGAUGGAACGAGUACUAUAGUGGGCCUCACAUCGUUCGGUAUGGAUGGCACUUGUAACCCCAAUACGCCUACCAUUUUUACAAGAGUCUCAUCGUUUUUGCAAUGGAUAAAAGAAAAUGAAUGAAAAAUAUAAGAAAAUAAGAAAAAUUAGUAUAUAAUAAAUCAACAAAAAUGUAAACCAUUUUGUAAUGAGCUUAUGUGUAAAAAAAUUUAAAAUAAAAAAAAUUACCGAAGGUUA